AUGACCACUGGCGAUCUCGCUGAGAAGAAGCCAGCCGUAGAUGACCUGGAAGCUGGCCCACGAACCGAGUCGCAUCAUCCGGGAAUAGCGUCUCUCCUGAACGUGGAGCCAGGCGUUAUAUAUAAACCUGAUGUAGGGGGUAAGCCGAGGUGGUAUCAACGCCUUCUUGACGCCGGCGUGGAAGAAAAUGGAGUGAAACCGGUGCCAGUUGAAAGGCGAACAAUAACAUCCUACAACAACCUCUUCAGCGUCUUUUUCACAGCAUUGCUAUGCGUGCUCCCGAUACCGACUGGAAUGCUCGCGACCUUGGUAUUUGGAAUGAGUCUUAGGGAUGCGUCGUUGACCAUCCUGUUCUUCUCGAUGUUGACCUGUGCCCUGCCGGCGUUCAUGGGCUGUGGAGGAUAUAAGACAGGCCUGAGACAGCUUAUCCAGGCUAGAUACUCGUGGGGUCUCUAUAUUGUCACAUUGCCGCUUAUUCUGAAUGCCGCGACCGUCACUGGCUUCUCGUUGGUUGCUGCAAUCGUCGGGGGCCAAACGAUAGCCGCCAUCAAUCCCGGACAUGUCAGUGUCAACGUCGGAAUUGUAAUAACUAUCGUCAUUAGUUUCGCCGUAUCCUUGCUGGGAUUUCGGGCGCUCCACUGGUGGGAACGUUGGAGCUGGAUACCAAAUUUGCUGGCGAUUCUCAUAACCGUGGGAUGUGGCGGACGUUUCCUUUUCCAACAAGCAGAAACCGAGGCGGCCACUGCACCGCAGGUCGUGUCCUAUGGCGGUCUUAUCGCGGGAUACUUCAUCACGUUUGGUGGCACGGUCUCCGAUUACUCCAUAUAUCACAACCCUAAGGCCUCAAAGGCCAAAAUCUUUACAUACAUUUACCUUGGACUCCUAACGCCGUCAGUGCCCCUCUUUGUCCUCGGCGCGGCCAUGGGCGGAGCUGUACCGGUUGUAGAAGGCUGGUCUGAUGCAUAUGAUGCCUAUGGCGCCGGAGGCAUACUUGCAGAGAUGCUCACAUCUGCUGGUGGUUUUGGGAAGUUCGUCCUGGUUCUGCUUGCUCUGAGCGUUCUUGGCAACAUUGCAAUCUCCAUGUACUCGGUGGCGUUGAACCUCCAGAUGGUCCUGCCCGUCUUCACAAAGGUCCCAAGAUAUUUCUUCAUCCUCGUUGUCAUCGUAGUGAUGAUACCCAUCGCGAUCAAGGCUGCCGAGGAGUGGGAGGAGUCUUUGGAGAACUUUCUGGCUCUGAUUGGGUACUGGGCCGGUUGCUUCGACGCGGUUCUCAUAGAAGAACUCGUCGUCUUCCGGCGCAUGGAUUUCUCGACGUAUGACCACGCGAUCUGGAAUGUGGGGAGGAGGCUUCCGUCAGGUGUCGCUGCCAUUGCAGCAUCGAUCUGCGCGAUGGGCUUGGUUGUCCCGGGUAUGGCAGAGGUUUGGUACACUGGUCCGAUAGCGGAAACAACUGGAGAUAUCGGCUUUGAGAUGGCCUUCUUCGUAACGGCCCUCUGCUACCUUCCUUUCCGGUGGCUCGAGAUCAGGGUAAGAGGUCAUCUCUAG